AUAAUGAAAAGAAGGGACAAGAAAUGCUUCACCUGCACUGAGUGUGGGAAGAGUUUGGGAUCCAAACGAAGUCUCCAGUUUCACAUGAGGAUUCACACUGGAGAGAAACCGUACACAUGCCCUGAGUGUGGAAAGAGUUUGGGAUCCAAACGAAGUCUCCAGUUUCACACGAGGAUUCACACUGGAGAGAAACCGUACACAUGCCCUGAGUGUGGGAAGAGUUUGGGAUCCAAACGAAGUCUCCAGUUUCACAUGAAUAUUCACACUGGAGAGAAACCGUACACAUGCACUCAGUGUGGGAAGAGUUUCGGACAUUUAUCAAACCUUAAAAUACACAUGAUGAUACACACUGGAGAGAAACCGCACAUGUGUGCUCAGUGUGGGAAGAGUGUCAGACAAUCAUCAGCGCUUAAAAUACACAUGAAAAUCCACACUGGAGAGAAACCACACACAUGUGAUCAAUGCGGCAAAACAUUUUUGAGGGCUGAGCAGCUGAAGCUCCAUCAUAGAGUUCACACUAAAGAGAAACCGUAUUCAUGCUCUGAGUGUGGAAAGAGUUUUGCACAGCAGUCAAAUUUAAGAAAACACAAAAAGAUCCACACUGGAGUGAGAGAGUACAUGUGCUUUGAGUGCGAGAAGACUUUUAUUACACCUGGAGAAUUGAAAAAGCACCAGAGGAUUCACACUGGGGAGAAACCGUACAUGUGUUCACACUGCAACGAGAGCUUCAGACUGUCAGGCGACCUGAAAACACAUGAGAGGAUUCACACUGGAGAGAAGCCGUUCACGUGUUCACACUGCGACAAGAGCUUCGGACGGUCAGGAACCCUGUCAAAACAUGAGAGGAUUCACACUGGAGAGAAGCCGUACACAUGUGAUCAGUGUCUGAAGAGUUUCACACAGUUGUCGCAUCUUAAGACACACAUGAAAAUCCACACUAGAGAAAAGCAGCACACAUGACAUCAGUGCAGCUAAACAGUUUCUCGUGUGUAACAGGUGUUUCAUGUCUGAACAUCAGAAAACACUAGCGCUACAGCGCUCCACGAUUAAUCGGAAAAAAGAUCACGAUCUCGAUUCGACCCUACACACGAUCCUAAUUCAGCUUUUCUACGAUUCAGCCAAUUAUAUUUUCAAGGUCGGGAAAGAAGAGUAAAGGCGGACGCACAAGUCUUCACAGCAACAUGGACACCUUCAAAUGGCGUUAAAAGUGUCACGUACUGUAUUUAUAAGGUAUAAUUCAUCCAGAAGUGAAGUUUCAUAAACUAAUUUCGAGAGGAGCACGUGAUAUGAUUGAGCACGUCUGGCCACUCAUCUGUAAUCAGUAAUAAUCCAAUCAGAGUGAUCCUAGUUUACUAUAAAUGGAUCCUUUUCUUCCUACUGCUCUAUCUUAGUUUGGAUGAAUCCCCCCUUCCACCCCAUCUCCUCCUUUUCCUCCCUUUUCUAAAGGGGGAGCUCUCGAGACCUACCUGAUCUCGGAUUUCCUGAUAUGCUUACUGACCGGGCGGGAGCCCUGGGCUCAAAUAUCUCCGAGCUCAGGGUUCUCUCCCGGGACAGCAUGCCAAACCUGCUUUAUACGCCAAGCAUAUCUAAGUGGGAACUCUUGAAAUGUCAUUUCUGUCUUCAUGUAAUAAUGUAUUCGUGGCCGUGAAGUCACACGUGAGCUGACGCACUGUUUGUUUACUUCUGAGAAUGAGUGUGUGCACGUAUGACGCCUACUUUACUGAACAGAACCUGCGUAGGCUGUGAAUAACAGGUAAUGUAGUUAAUAGCGUUCAGGUUGUUGCACAGAGCGAUCGUUUGAGGGCCGUGCGGGAGGUUUGAUUCGCAUGUGUGUUUGUUUUCUCACAGUAACAGCAGCCAUGAGCCGCACUCGGAAGUGAAAGUGAAACCUGUGCGCACAUCAUUUAAAUGAUCAUAUCGCAUUUUACAGUUAUGAUUUCGACAAGCAUUUGAUAUGUUUUUUCCUUCAUAGCGAACACAGUGUUGUGCAUGAAAAUAAAUGUUUACUAUCUCAGUAUAACAACCCUAGCCUAUAUAUAAUGUUGAAUAUAAUGCAAGAAGGAAUCUGAUAAUGCCAAAAUUCUUAUUUUAUCAGUGAAAACUGAUGAUCUAAUAAUGUUGUCAAUAACAGAUGAAAAGCACAUGCUUUAAACAUAAUAAAUCAACUUUAUAAUUAUGAAUAGUUAUAUUCUGAUGUCAUCAUUUUACUGUGAAUUAACAAACAGGACAAGUCUGUUCAAGUCCACCAUAAUGAGCUUUUAGCCAAUUUAGCAUUUUAAGCAACAGUAGAGCUACACAUAGGCCUAAUAUAAUCAUUGUUGUUUUACCAUAUGUUUCAGAAUUAACAAUAAUAAUAGGCUAAUCAUAUUAACCUUCAUUUUACAUCUACAGAAUCGUGAGAAAGAAUCGUGAUCUUGAUUUUAAGCCAAAACAAAUUGUGAUUCACAUUUUUGCCAGAAUCAUGCAGCGCUACUCUGUACUCUGAAAUAUUCAAUCACUGCUGUCAAAUAUUUCCCUAAAAUUGCAGUCAUCUGUUGUGUAGCUAUAUCAGACAAUAAUUCGCUUGUUUUGUACUGUCGUCAUUCAUAAAAGCGCAGUCUUGUGUCUUUCUCCAGGCCAGUUGUGUGUGUGUGUGUGUGUGUGGUAAAGCGUCAGGUCAGAUUGUAACUGGAACAUGUUAUUUAUAUUUUGUAACCACACUUCAGGUUCCUUAUUGUCUUAGAUUUAUUCACAAAUCAAUUAUUUAGUGUUUGUCCUUCAUCCCCUAUAUCCUUCCCUUCUCCUCAUUCUAUGAUUAGGCUGUUUUCCCUGGGUACACCAGUUUCCUCCCACAGACUUAAAGCAUGUACGAAUUGUAAUAACAGUCACAAGCACUUAAUGCAUACAUACUGAGUCAAUCAGAACCACCAUAUUAGCCAAAUUAUAAAAUGGGGGACUCUCGAGAAAUACCUGAUCUCGUAUCCCUACUAAUGCUCAUUGACCAGGCGGGAACCUUGGGCUCAUCUAUCUCCGAGCUCAGGGUUCUCUCCCAAGACAGCAUGCCAAACCUGCUAUUAUAGUCGAGCAUUAUCUAAGUGUAACUCUUGAAAGUGAGUAGUGAGGAGUUUUACAGCCCUAAAACAUCUAUAAUAAUGUAAAAAAAAUAAAUAAAGCUGACUACUUCACAGAUUUCGCCUGUUACAAGUUAUUUUCAAAGCGUAACUCCGGCGAAUAACGAGGGACCACAGUACAAGCAGAUUUAGAAAUCACUACUUUCUUUUUUAAUUUCCAUUUUCCAUUUGAUUGGGGGUUGUUUGUAUUUGGUUAAAGCAGUGAGCAUAAGGAGUAUCUUUAAAAGCACAGGGUGUCUGCGGGGUCUUAAAAAGUAUUAAAAGUUGACAAAUCAGCGAUAAGAAAAUGAAGGACCUUAAAAGUUAUUAAAAAGUCUAUAUUGUGUUUUUACAAGGUCUUAAAUUGUGUUCAAGCGUUGUCUAAAGUGUUUGACUCCAAACGAAGCAUAAAUAUAUUUAUUUUCCUUCUAAUAUUAACAACAGCUUGAGUGUUCCACACGAUUGUUUCAGGCCGGGCGCAUCCGGCCAAGCUCCUCCAUCCGGGUGAUGUCACGUACUUUGCGACAUGCAGGAAGGUGAAGUGGCGCUCUCCACAUGCAGCGAAACCAUCGAGCGAAACAGACGGCGAAAUGGGGAAAUGUAAGUUUGUGUACUCCAUGUUGGAGAAAGAGGAGUUUAAACAGUGGCUGAAGCCUGUCGCUGAACACAACCUCGUAGCAAGUUCUGUUGCAAGGAUGCGCUCCAUUGAUUUUAUUUAACUACAGCUGUUAAGUUAAAGGUUUAAUACUGAUUAUAACAUAAUAAUAUCAUGCUGAUUUUUGAAGUGGU